GAGAAUUGGGGCGGUUCCGAAAAACCCUAAACCCCGGCGACUGAAGAAGCUCGAUUCAACGUCAAUGGCGUGUAACGGCUCUGGUUGCCAAUCCGGUUGCUACAAAGACGAAGAAGAACCGAAGCGUGAGAAUCCAGCAGUUCCAACAAAAACCGAUUCAGCGAGCAAUGGGAACAUCUGCGUCAAGUGCAAGCUGAACGACUCUGUUUCGGGUUACGGCGGCAUCGACGAUGGUCGCUUCUGCGCUGAUUGCUUCAGGAGCAACCUGUUUGGGAAGUUCAGAUACGCGGUCACCUCGAACGCCAUGAUCUCUCCCACCGAUAAGGUCCUUGUUGCAUUCUCAGGUGGCCCUUCUUCAAGGAUAGCUUUGCAGUAUGUGCAUGAUUUGCAAGAGAGGGCACAGAAGAAUUUUGAUGCCUGUAGAGAUAGGUCGUUGCCUGUGUUUGGUGUUGGAGUGGUGUUUAUAGAUGAGAGUGCUGUUGUGCCGAUUCCUUCUGGUGAGAUGGAUGAGGCGGUUGGAUUUGUUUCUUCGGUUGUUUCGUGUUUAGCCCCGCCAAAGAAGGAGUUGCAUGUUGUUCCUAUUGAGACAAUUUACUCGUCCAAUUCUAGUGACGGAAAGGACAGGCUGUUAAAGAUUCUGAAUGCUGUGAGUGAUCCCACUGGAAGGGAGGAUUUGUUGGUUAAUAUUCGCAUGUUGGCACUUCAAAAGGUUGCUUCUGAAUUUGGUUAUAACAGACUUGUUCUAGGAUCAUGCAUUUCAAGAAUUGCUUCUCAUGUCAUUUCAGCCACUGUGAAGGGUCAGGGAUAUUCAUUACCUGCAGAUAUACAGUAUGUUGAUGCUCGAUGGGAAAUUCCAGUUGUGCUUCCUCUACGUGAUUGUUUCGCUCAAGAGAUCAACAUGCUUUGCCGCCUUGAUGGUCUAAAGACUUUAAAGUUGUCUACAAGUCCAAGCUCUACCAUCAAUGGCUUGGUCUCAUCAUUUGUACAAUUAUUGCAGGAAGAAAACCCAUCUAGAGAGAGCACAAUUGUGAGAACAGCUGGGAAACUCAUUCCUUUCCAAUUUAACAAGAUUCCCGAGAUCACUGAUGGUCAUGUUCCCUUGGCAACUCGAAGACGCCAAAAGAGAUAUAAUCUCAAAUCGAAUGAAUCUGUUUCCUCGGAAUCUUUCUGUCCUCUCUGCAAUAGCCCACUUGAUAAGUCUGAGAUUGUUAAUCGAAGCAACCAUGAUAAUGGUAGCACUGGUGAAUUUUUUUAUGCUGCUUGCUGUUCUAGUUGUCAGUAUCAGAUACUUCCAAGAGAUUCCACGACAAUGGAGCAAUUUUAUACGGAUUUACCCCAAUCUAUAGUUUCCAGAUCAGAGGAAGCAAACAAUUGUAACUUGAGUCUGCUAAGGGAACAAAUACAAGAUUGCUUGCUUUCAGAUGAUGAAGAAGAAACUUAGGUAUACUUUCCCGGUUUCCCCACAUUGAGGCUCUUAGUUUGAGGGCAUGAAUUCAAGUUUUGGUAAUUGAAUAUUUGAAUUUACGAUUUUGAGUAACGUACUACAAUUUUUGGCUUAUGGCAAGAGAGUUUAUCUAUGGCAUUAAACAUCAAAAUCUACUGGCCUCCUUCAACAGAAAGUUAAAGUCUUGGAUUCAUGAAGUGAACAAUUCGAAGAGUGACAAAGCUGACCACAGAUACUUGUGCCUCAUGCGUCACGCGGGGUGUUCAAUUUUUCCUCAUUAAGAAUCGCUUUAAAGCUACUUCAAGUGUUAAUAAACAGGGUUGGAUCAUUUUAAUUUUCCCCUUAUUAUUAUGUGUGUAUAUUAUUUCAUUAAAUGACAUUGUGGUAGUGUACUGUAACUUAAGUUAAAAGAUAGGUUGGAUCACGACCCAAAUAAAGGAAAGUGGAAAAAUUAUUCUGCAA